CCUGACGAUGAGUCACCACUGAACAUGCCCAGACCCCAGACAACACACACGAAGAGUAAUGUUUCUCCCCCCGAACCGACCAGCAUGGACUCUUUGGUACUUUAGAAAAUCAUAUACCCAUUUUUGCUUUUACUCACAGAUUUUGUUUUUCAACCGUUCUACACAAAGAAUGUACCUCAAAUACCUCCCGGCUCUAUAGAAUCGUGACUCCCCAGUGUGCAAGCUCCAAAAUAGGAAAACCCUCCAUUGCUCUCCAGUGUCAGACAACACACCAAACAUUUCAAAAUGGCUGCUCUCAUCACAGAGAACUUCAAGUUUGUCUCGCUCUUCUUCAAGAGCAAGGACGUAAUGAUCUUCAAUGGCCUGAUAGCCCUGGGCACGGUGGCCAGUCAGACCAUGUACAACAUAUUUGCCUUUGACUGCCCGUGCUCCUCCGGGCGGAACUAUCUCUAUGGCCUGGCAGCCAUCGGGGUGCCUGCCCUGGCAUUCUACCUUGUUGGCAUCAUGCUGAAUAAGAGUACCUGGGAUCUGGUGUCUGAGUGCCGCCUCAGGAGGUGCCGGAAACUAUCGGGGGCGGCUGCCUUUGCCGUCCUGGGCACUAUCAUUGGCAGAGCGGCCGUGGCUCCCGUGACGUGGACUGUCAUCUCACUGUUACGUGGGGAGGCCUAUGUCUGUGCCCUCAGUGAGUUUGUGGACCCUUCAACCUUGGAGGGUUUUCCCUCUGGACAGGGGUUAGAGGUCAUGGCCAGGUUUCCCUGUAAGGCCACGGUCCCACAGGAGAUGCAGGGUUUCUGGGCGGAGAUUGAACGCCGGCUGAAGUACGAGUCUCAGCUGCUAGGGUGGCUGAUGGUGGCGGGGAUGGCAGUGGUCCUGUUCCUCCUGCUGUGCAUGAAGCGCUGCUGCUCUCCCCUGGGCUACCAACAGGAGGCGUACUGGUCCCAGUUCCGCUCCAACGAGCACGACCUCUUCCAGCGCACGGCCGACGUGCACUCCCGCAUCCUGGCUGUUGAGAGUGUGAAGAGCUACUUUGGCUUCGUGGCCCUGGAGAAAGAGGAGAAACAGCAGCUGGAGGAGCACCAGAAUGCCAGCCCCAUCUCUAGUACAGAGUGGAACCGGAUCACUGGGAUCUGCUUGUACAGAGAGAAAAAGGGAUUGCCCCUCUAUAGCCGCCUCAACAAGUGGGCCCAGUACAGUAUGGAGAACAACAUAGACGCCAUGGAGAAAGAGAUGGACACUCUGAGCUGACUGGCACUGGACACCCCAGUGUUCUUCAGCCCUGAUCCUGGGAACCCACUGGGAGUGCAGGCUUUUGUUCCAGCCCAGCACUGACACAUUCAACUAAUUAACUUAAUAGUCAAGUCCUCGAUUAGUUGAAUGAAUCAGGUGUGUAAGCACAGGGCUGGAGCAAAAGCAUGCCCACCUGAUGUGUCCCCAGGACCAGAGUUGAAGAACACUGACCUAGAUAGAUUCGUCUUUUACUUGUAUUAUCCCACAUUUAUAUUUAUAACACCCUUCGGCUAGUGAUGGCACAUGAUAACUAUUGGAAGUAAAUUGGAAUGGACUCAAAUAUGGAUUGAACUAAUGUUCUCAACGUUACACUGUCAUUGUUCCCCAUUUACUUCUGUUCUCUUCCCAUUUUCAAAUGGUUGUAAUGGUUGAUAAAGGACGAUAGUCCAAAGUAUUUUUUCUGA